ACCUUUUUUUUUUUUUUUUAUAUCGAAAUCCAAGUGCUGAAGAAAAUAAAAAUCCCCCCUAAUCGUAAUUUCAUUUCAUAAUGAAUUAAUAAAUGCAAUUACAGAGCUACCUGCCUUGAUCCCCUGCUGGAGAAAUAAAAUCACAGCUCUCUCUGUCUGAGGUUGUUGUUGAAGAAGAGAUCGUCGACUCAGUAAAUUAGAGAAGAGGAGGAAUGGGAAUUAGAUUCAUAUUAAUGGUUAAUAAGCAAGGACAAACACGUCUUGCCCAAUACUACGAGUGGCUCACCCUCGAAGAACGCCGUGCUCUUGAGGGCGAAAUUGUUCGCAAAUGCCUCGCUCGCACCGAGCAACAGUGUUCUUUUGUUGAGCAUCGCAAUUACAAGAUUGUUUAUAGGCGCUAUGCAUCAUUAUUUUUCCUGGUUGGAGUCGACAAUGAUGAAAAUGAGCUUGCAAUUUUAGAAUUCAUACAUCUCUUAGUUGAAACCAUGGAUCGCCAUUUUGGCAAUGUGUGUGAGCUAGACAUCAUGUUCCAUUUAGAAAAGGCGCAUUUCAUGUUGGAGGAGAUGGUCAUGAACGGUUGCAUUGUUGAGACAAGCAAGUCUAACAUCCUGGCGCCAAUUCAGCUGAUGGACAAAUCAUCAUGAAAAGAGUUGAUUAAGCAGACUCCUGGAUUUUCGAUGGUUUUGCAUUUUUUAUGUUUCUUGUUGUCUAUUGUAAAAUAAGCUUAUAAAUUCACAAAAUUUCUUAUAUCUUCCCUUGGUAAGUGGAAAAACUUGGUAUUAAUGUUGUUCUGUUUUUAUCUUGGUGGUUUAAUAAUUUUGUUGGUGAUAUUAAUAUAGCAUUCCCAAGAAUUUUGUAUUCA